CACAAAUAAAAACUCUCUCUCUCUCUCUCUCUCUCUCUAGAAUUCAUGCAUCCAGACGAUCUAACGCUCUGUUGGAUCAGCUAGGGUUUUCGCUGAGCCAUUGAAGACCCUUAUCACCUAGCUCUCUCUCUCUCUCUCUCUUUCCUUAUCUCUAUCUCUCUUGCACUUUCUCUCUGAGAGCGUGUAUGUGGAGAUUUUUGGCGAGCAAGGGAGGGUUUUAGCUGAUCUGGUGGAAGACGGUUCGAUCCCGUUUGGUUGGUCGCUUCAAAUUGGUACUUUUGUUGGUUUUCCGGCGAAGUUACGGUCUUCCUCGUUUAAUUAAGGAGAAUUGGCAGAGAUGGCGAAUCGCAUGAAGGAGGAUGAGAAGAAUGAAAAGAUAAUUCGAGGACUCUUGAAGCUCCCGGCGAAUCGGAAGUGCAUAAAUUGCAAUAGCCUGGGACCACAAUAUGUCUGCACAACUUUCUGGACAUUUGUUUGCACGACCUGUAGUGGAAUACAUCGUGAAUUCACCCAUCGUGUGAAGUCGGUUUCCAUGGCAAAGUUUUCAUCUCAAGAAGUUAAUGCGCUUCAGACUGGUGGAAAUGAGCGUGCAAGAGAAAUUUAUUUUAAAGAAUGGGACCCUCAGCGCCAUUCGGCACCUGAUAGCAGUAACCCUGACAGGCUGAGGGACUUCAUUAAACAUGUCUAUGUGGAUAGAAGGUACACUGGGGAGAGAAGUGCAGAUCGGCCUCCAAGGGUGAAAAUGGGAGAUAGGGAGGAUUCAAAUGACAGGAGGUCAGAUGCUUAUCGUGGAGAUUCUCGAAGUCCAUCAUAUGAGGAUGUCUAUGAUCGACGGAGAAGGCCUGAACAAGGUCGUUAUGAUGAUAGAGGUUAUGAUGACAGAAAUGCUAAGUAUGGGUAUGAUGAUAAAAGAAGUCCUAGUCGAUAUGAAGAUACUUACAAGAGAAGUCCUGCACGCUUUGAGGUUGUGGAUGAUAGGUUCCGAGAUGAUAAGUUUGGAAAUGUGAACCAGAGUAGGAAAUAUGAAGAUCGGCGUUUUCCUGAUGGGCCAUCCAGGAUAGAAGAGAGGUCACCCAAUAAUCAAAGGGACUCAGGUAUAUCUAGUCCUCCAGUGGUACGACCUGUUAGGGAUAUUUUGGGUGAAGAUGUUCCACCUUUAAAGGUUGGUGAUCCUCCAAAACUAAAUGGUCCUAAGGCUGCUGACGGUUCUGCUCAUGCACAGAGAACUUCAUCUUCGAGUAGCAUGGCUUCCACUGAAGGAAGCACGCCGCAACUCAAGAGAGUGAACUCAGGGAGUUUAAUUGACUUCAGUGCAGAACCUGCAGCUCCUGUUACUGCAGCACAGCCUGUCCCUUUUUCUAGUCACGCUGUUUCUCAGCCAUCAGCUAAUCCAUCAGUUGGCAGCAAUAACUGGGCUUCUUUUGACAACUCCUCUCAGGAGAAAGCUGCUGCAACAUCGUCAAAUGCUACAAAACCGGUAUCUGUUUUGGAACAAUUGUCAGUUCAAACCACUGCUAUUCCUGUUGGUGGUGUUAAUCCUCUUCUCAGCACUGGUAUGGGAGGGCAGUGGCAAGUUACUCAGCAACAGCAGCCGUCAUUGUUUCCUGGAACUGAUGGUCAAUCUGCAAAUAUGCAGUUUGCUCAACCAGUUAAUGCGGUUCCAAAUAGCCAGCCCUGGAAUUCAAUGCCUACACCUAAUGCACAACCUCAGGUAACUGUACAAACAACCCAUUUAUCACAAGCAGCUCCAAGGCCAUCUCAAGAAGCUCUAGGGGCAGCAUCACAGCCUAAUCCUGUUGAUGCCAAACCAAAUGUUCGAAAGGCACUACCUGAGGAUAUUUUCUCUCUCUAUUCAAUGGCACCUGCUCCAGUUCCUCGUUGGCAACCUGGUCCACAGGUUGGCAUGAAUUUUGUUGGGCAGUAUCCUGCUGCAAUGACCAUGACUACUUUUCCACAAUCUUCAAAGUCAACAAAUCCAUUUGAUCUGAGCAAUGAACCAGUACUAGGUCCUGUCAAUCCGUUUCCUUCCAUGUCGUCUCUACAAGGAGCACUUCCGAAUGUGCCCACUCCUGUUGUCAUGCAUAACACUAGUUUUGUUGCACCUGCUUCUCAAUGGCAACCAUCCCAAACACCGGCAUUUCCAAUGUCAAUGGCUCCAGGUUCCUACAUGGCUCAGCACAUUCCUAACAGCUUGCAGACUGUGGGACUACAACCUGGCCUUGGAAGUUUUGGUGGUGGUGGGUUAGUGAACGGUCCUCUUGGAGGUGGACCUCCGCCAGCAGUUGGAGGUCCGCAGCAGUCUGUGCCGAAUAGUUUUUCCUCUCUUGGAGGAAAUCCUUUCGGAUAAGACCAUCAAAGUGCUUAAUGAGAUCAUCUUGCUCCUGAUUUAAUUGUUGGCUUCCAUUCUUCCCAUUUGUUUGAGGAUCAUAUGAGGCAGUUUGCUCGCCGGUUAUUGGGUGGUCUUGAUCCAAGCUAGAAGCUUUGGUUGGUCAUGUAAAUUGAAGGUGGGAGGGAAGUACGCGGAUUCGGUAGUGUGGCUAUGGAAUCUAGGCAGUCGAGAAUUUGAAAGCCUCGUGUUGUCUCUUUAGUGUACAUGUAUUAUCAAAGAUGACGGUUUUUGACGAGGUGGGCUCCCUGCCUACCUCCUUGUAUUGUGUUUGUAUCAGUUUCAUUUUCCUUUGGCGACCUUAACACGGUUGGCCAUUCGUAUUUCUUUGUAAAAUGUGUUGUGAUGGUCAUUGUGAAAAUGAAGUUUUCCUGUUGUCGUGAAAUGCAGGUACUAGUUUUUGA